AUGCCGCACCUGCGCCAACGCUUCGUCGAGCACCCAGUCGCCCAACUGGUGGAUCAGAUUGCUUUCCUCGGCGAUCGGAAUGAAGAUCGCCAGGCUGACGACGCCAUGGUCCGGAUUGCGCCAGCGGACCGAGGCCUCAAAACCACAAUGCCCAGAUCGCCGCGCCCACGAUCGGCUGAAAGACCGAAGGGUGAGUUCGUCGCGGACGAUCGCCUCAGCCAGGCCAGCCUCGACCGGGCGCCGGACGCGAAUACCCUCUCGUCCAUCCGCUCGUCGAAUACCGCACCAUGCCCCGCCGGACCGCCGGGUCGUUCAGCGCCAUGUCGGCCCGGCGCACCAGAUCGGUCGGAUCGCGCUCACUCCUUCAUCGCUCAUCACCGGGCCGCAGGACGCCCCCAGCGUACAGGAAUGCCCCGGGGAUGCUGGGGUCUUGCACAGGCCGUCGAUCCGCUUUCCGCAAGCAACGACACGCCCACGCCUUCGUCUGCACUAUCGAAGAUGAUCCAGAACUCGUCACCGCCCAGACGUGCGACCAAAGCCCCGGCAAUCGCGUACUGCUACGGGUCAUUUGACCUCGCGGAUCAAUUCGUCCCCGGCCAGAUGCCCCAGCGUGUCGUUCACCGGCAAGCGAUCGAGAUCGAUCAUCGCCGUCUGGUGACCGGCCAGGGCAUCCGUCGCGUUCAGUCAGCCCCGCAGAGAAAGCGGCUCGGUUGGGGGCAUCGGUCAGCGGAUCGUGCAUCGCGAUGUGCAUCGCGCGGCUUUCGUGGCUUCGGUUCAGCCGACUUUUCCUCCAGCGCGAUGACCUGCGCCGCCAGUUGCGCACGGGCUUGGGCCAGUUCACGGUCAUUCUGCCACCGAUGGCACAGCGCGAUGGCGGUCUGCGGCACCUCCGCUGGGGCAAAGGCUAGCGAGCGAUGUGAAGAUCUUGUCGGCGGGCCCGGCAGCUGGCUGAUCUCGGCCGGCGUGAAAUCGGUAUAG